AUGGCAGCAGCUGGAGUCUUCGGCGUCGUGCUAGCAGCCGUGCUUCUUUGCUUCAGCUGCCCUACAACCGCUUUUGGCCCAGUGCCCCGCAGUGCUUUCAGAAAUUCCGGCGGCCAGCUGCACACGAAGGCUUGGCGAGUAAGCGGCAAGAGUCAGGCUGAAGGGGCGCCACAGUCGGACCCUUUUGGUGGCUUCGGGGGUCACCACCGGGAAGGUCUUUUCACGGCGCUCGUGGCCGCUGCCUCCACUUUGGUUGUGUCGGCAAUACAGGCUGUCACGCAGAUACAAUUGUGGGUCCCACCAUUCGGUGCCAUCGUCCUGAUCUUUGCUGCCGAGGCUGUCGCAGCAGCUAAGGCAGGGAAAAUCCUGUGCAGGAGGACGAUGUGGUCUCGUGGGCUGCGAGCAUGCAGUGGUGUUGCAGGUGCCUGCCUCUUCACCGUUGGGAUUUCGGAUCUGUUGGGCCACACACCCGUGAUGCUGCGGGUGGUGGCCAUGUUUGCCGCAGCCUUCUCCAUGACCGUGAACCCCAGUGCAGGAUACUUCCCCCCAGCAGGUGCUUUCUGUGCCAUCUAUGUGGAGAAAGUCGUCAUGCAUGGUCUCAGGCCGGGACUCGGCUAUGCUUUCUUCCCCUGCGGCGUUGGGGUGGCCCUGCUCCUCAUCACCACGCGCCUGGUCACCUUCCUAAUGGCACAUCCGCUCUGGAAGAUGAAGAAGGCUAAGCCUAUCCAAGAGAGUCCUGGACAUCACUCGCUGAGCUCUCGCGCGAUACUGGGCGGCCGGACAAUGCAGUGUGCUUACAAGCCCGACAUGCGGGAGACCCGCUUGGGUGCUCGACAGGAUCGCGUUCGAUGGCCCGAGUGGAAGUACGAUGUCAACACCGGUCACAUACCCGUGUGGCACUCGAAGUUUCUUCGUGUGCCUCGGGAGAAGCAGGCCAGAAGUGCCAGCGUUUUUGAUGUCGAAACCUUGGCUCUUCUGCUGCCAAAUAUCCUCGACAUCGACAUCUUCAUGGCCCUGGCAUCGGCUAGGAGUGUGCACAGGCAAAUCUUCAAUUCCUUGGCUAUCAAGGCAGCCGUGCACUGUUUGUGGAUCGAGUUGAUCAGUCCUGUUUUUGGCCUUACCUUGCUCUUCAACACAUUGGACCUUCUGGUUCUGGCAUUGUGGGGUCUGACUCCAUCGAAUCGUCCGCUGCUCUCACGUGUGACUGGCGCAGUCGGUGCUGAGGAGGAGGGAAGAUAUUCGAGCCUUCAGCAUCCGCGCUUCGCCAACUUUCUACUGGCAGGACUCCUACGUGAUGUCGCCAACAUCGGCUGGUGGCUGUUCGGGCUAUGCCGAAAGUGGAUGAGGCAUCAGAGCCAACACUCUCUGCGGGGAUCCUCUGCAGAGGCCCGGGUGCAGGAGCUGCGAUCAGGCCUGCAUGCGCUCUGGCAUCCGAUGAAAAUCUUCGACUUGAGCCACAACACCAACACACCAGAGAUGCCCCAUGGCUUCGGCUUGCGGAAGGUGGUCGUUCGAGAUUAG